CUGCUUGUUCACACACGCAUUGGGCUUCACGCUGCACACUCACACCCACCGUCUCUCCUGACUGUCUGUGUGGACCGUGCUCAUCAAAGAAGGAGAAGAAGAAGAAAAAGCACGGUCAGGACUCUGGUCGGACUGCUGCUGCACUGCUAGGCUGCUUCUGUGUGUGUGUGUGUGUGUGUUUAGCAGCAGCAUAGAUCCAUGUGCUUGAGAUAAAUCAAGACAAGUGAUUUUCUUUGGGGUGGGGGGGUUGUUUUUGUUUUUUUUUUGGCUUGUUACUCACACACAGACGUAACUUUUUUUCCACUCGAGGACCCACUGCUCCUUCAUCUUGUGCCAGUGAAGACUCACUCGUCAGGAUGACAUGGCGUCCUCAGUACCGCAGCUCCAAGUUUCGCCACGUGUUUGGUAAGGCCGCCACCAAGGAGAGCUGCUAUGAUGGCGUGCCAAUCACACGCAGUGUCCAGGACAACAACUUCUGUGCUGUCAACCCACGUUUCCUGGCAGUCAUCACUGAGUGUGCCGGGGGAGGGGCCUUCCUGGUCCUGCCUGUCCAUCAUACAGGUAAAGUGGACCCUCAGCACCCCAGAGUAUCGGGCCACAGAGGCAACGUGUUAGACAUCAAGUGGAAUCCCUUCAAUGACUACUGCAUCGCCUCCUGCUCGGAGGACACCACGGUGAAAGUGUGGGAAAUCCCUCCUCAUGGUGUGCUGAAGAACCUCACAGUAUCGUGGAAGGAACUUCAGGGUCACAGCCGCAGAGUGGGCCUCAUUGAGUGGCACCCGACUGCUAACAACAUCCUGUUCAGUACGGCCUACGACUACCAGGUGAUGAUCUGGAACCUGGACUGUCCAGAGCAGGUGAUAAAGAAUCCUGUGCGGACAAUCACCCACCACACAGACGUCGUCCUCUCCAUGUCUUUCAACACAGACGGCAGCCUGUUUGCCACCACCUGCAAGGACAGGAAGGUCCGACUAAUGGAGCCACGCUCGGGAAACCUGCUGCAGGAAGGCAGCUGCAAGACGCACAAAGUCAGCAAGGUCCUCAUCCUGGGUAACAUGAAGAUGCUCCUCACCACGGGCACUUCACGUUGGAACGACCGACAGAUCACUUUGUGGGAUCAGGACGAUCUGUCUGUGCCUUUGUUACAAGAGAACCUGGAUGGCUCGUCAGGAGUCCUUUUCCCUUUCUACGACCCUGACACACACAUGCUUUAUCUUGCAGGGAAGGGUGACGGAAAUAUAAGGUACUAUGAGAUCAGCUCGGAAAAACCGUAUAUCCAUUACCUAACAGAGUACCGCUCGCACCUACCUCAGAAAGGAUUGGGUGUGAUGCCAAAGAGAGGCCUUGACGUGAGCUCCUGUGAGGUGUUCAGGUUCUACAAGCUGGUGACAAUCAAGAGCAUCAUUGAGCCUCUCUCCAUGAUUGUACCGCGCAGGUCGGAGUCGUACCAAGAAGACAUUUAUCCAAUGACGGCUGGUAACAAGCCUGCUUUGACUGCAGAGGAGUGGCUCAGCGGCAUCGAUAAAGGCCCAGUGCUCAUAUCUCUGAAGCCUGGAAGUCAGAUAGCAGAGUCGUAUUCGGAGAUGAACAAGGGGGUGGGAAACUCGCUGGACGCUCGCAGGUCUCAGAGCAGGCCGGGCUUGCUGCAGCUGGCGUACAUUCAGGACCAACUGGGAACCAAAGACAGCAAGGAGGACAGCAGCCAAACAGUGGACGACAAGAGUCGGAUACCCUUCAGCAACGGAGAUGACCUCGCACUUUGCUCUCCUCCUCGAACAGAGAAUGAGCUGCUUAUGAAGUUCCACAAGCAGCAGGAGGAAAUCCGACGGUUGAGGGAGCUCCUCCAGCAGAGGGAGGUGCGCGUCAAACAGCUGGAGCUGGAGAUUAAGAACAUCAAAAACUCCCAGUCUCAGAGCUCACUUUAAGACCUUCCCCGACUUGGGGAGCCACCUUCACCUCCUCGUGGGAACACAUGCAUUACUGUACAAUUUUGAACACCAUCACACUCUUCUAAGGGUUUUGACUCACCUCUUAUCCUUUAAUGAUCCCUUCAUACUCACUGCACAGGGGUGAUUUUAACCUCAACCGUGUGUUUUCUUUCAGCCCGUCGUGCACAUGUCCUUUGUUCGUGUACACUGAAACACUGAGUCUUACCCAGCUGUAACGCGUUUUAAAACUCAUUGCACCUGUUGACCUUUACAGUGUUUUUCUUUUGUAUGCUUCACAGCUAUGCAAGUAUAUUGUAAUUUUUAGCUUUUUUUUAUUCUCUUUGUGGAUGAGAGAUAAAAGGAUGUUUGUGCCUAUUUGGGCUGAAUGAUGUGGCUGCGUGUUGUUUGAAAGAUAUUGCAGGGUAGGCAUAAACGUCCUGUGUGAUUGUAAGAUAAUGCUAAAUUUAUUUUCUAUGCCCCCCCCCACCAUAUUUAAACUACUGAAACUGGAGAUGCCUGUGGUUUUUAAUGUAUGCGUGCUUGUAAGCAAAUGAUUUAAAUGAAUGAAAAAUUUCUUUUCCCUCCCACUGUGUUCUUACAUUCCAUAGAGCUGCAUUUGUUUUUUAUUUUUUAAAUGACUGGAAAAUUGGUGAAAAAUCAGUCCGUUUCACAGCAGCUUUUGUAUAAGCCAACUCUGUAACUGAUGCCAUGUAGCAGUUCUGAUCUUAAUUUUUAUAUUUAUCUUGAAAAAUACAGUCAAAGAAGGUACUGUUUAAUCAAGUACUUGAAUUUGCGUUGUAAUUUUUUGGGGAAAUUGUGCAAAAAAAGAAAAGAAAAGAAAAGAAAAAAAAAUCCUGCUUGGGUUUUCCUGAUCUGGAGUAACUGUGAAGAAACAUUUUAAAGCCGCUGUAGAGCUGGAGUCUCACUCCACUUGUGAGUUCGCUUGUGAUCCACUAGUGUUCAGUUCUGACUGUGUUUCUCUUAAUGAGGUUUCUUUUAAUGUCUCUAAAAACCCGAAACAUGACACCAGGGAUACCAUUUGUGUGUUAAGGCUGAAAGAGGGUCUGCUACUGUAGUAGAUAGUAAAAUGUGAACACCUCACAGCUCCAGUGAUAACAUAAGUUAGAGUGGGGAAAUAUGAAGAAUAUUAGGGGAUGAUGAUAGAAAUGUGCCUCCCAUCAGAGAUUUCAUACCAUGGCAGGUCUCCCUUUAGUAUCUCAUCUGUAUGCUGAGGUAUCAAGUUGCUUAACUGAUUGAUUAGCCAGUAAUUUAAUUUACUGACUUAGACACAACAAGUCUCAUUCACGACUGCUAUCUCCAAGCUCAAGAAUAGUUGUUUUUUUUUUUUAAUAAAUAACACACUUUAAGCCAACAGGGUUGAGACGUCCAGUACAGAGUACAGAUGAGUAGAUCUUUUUUCUUAUUUUCUUUUGUUUUUAGAUUCCUGGUGUGAUGCUGCUUCAGCCGUUAAAGAAACUUGAUUUGGCUGGUGGAACAGGAGUGAGCUCUGAUUGGGGACUGAAUGUGAUCAUUUUACUUAAAUGUGACAGGGACACAAUCAUUGUUUUAUUUUUAAAUGCUCAGCUGUGAUGAUACUAAUUAAAAACAAAGACAUAUACUGCAAAAUGUAUACACGUUUACACUGAGCACUUGGUAAAGGCCAUAAAAAGAAAGAAAUGCGUUUUCCCUCAGGGAUCUUCUGAACGGUGUUCAUAGUUUUCACCUCGUGCAGUCAGACCAGUUUCUCGUUGCUUUCAGAAUUUUUUUUUUUUUUUUUGGCAUUUUUUUUCCCGACAAACUAGAAGAGAAACCAUUUCCUUGUCUCUCAGCUCCAUGUUGAGAGGAACAACGCUCUGAUUGGCAUGUAAAUAUGCAUAGAUAUCACAGAACCGCUUGCACAUAUUCACCAACACAUUAUAGUUCUUGAACCUGAGAUAACCAGUCAGAUACAGUACAAAAUACCAUGCAUGCCCGUAUUUACAGUAUGUAGUGGGAGGCACAAGCACAAUAAUGAUUUUCUAGAUUUGGCAUACAUCUCAUGGCCACUUGUCAAAGAUGUAAUGCAUGGAAACUGCCACACCAAUCCUCACACACUGGCCUCAAUACAACUGUGAACCUUUUGACCUCUGGCAGGACAGUUCUAGUACAGCUUCGUCUCUGGCUGACUUUUGUCCAGGAGCAUAAAUGCCCCCAGCCAAUGAUCACUGCUGUUGUUGGACAACUCUCAACACAUUCCCACAAUAUGCUGCUGUUUUUUUGUUUUUGUUUUUUUACAGUCAGCAAGUGAACUUGCAUAAGGGCUGAUUUGACUGUUUGUUCACAUCAUAAUAGUUUAACAGACAGAUUGUACUUCCAUUUAGCUUCCUUUUUCUCACAGGGAUUUGCAGUUGAUUUUUUUUUAAAAAUUCCAUUUGUAUUUGUAGUUCAUUAGUUCAUCAUUGUAGUUUCAUUUGUAGUGCAAAUGAAGAUAUUUGUUUAUGUUUCUGCCAAAUAUUGCAUUGGUUAUUGGUCAUUGGUUAGCUUAAGGUCAUUGGUUAGCUUCAGUGCUUGAUGCAGGUUGUACCACAAAUACGUAUUGCAUAUCUCUUAGUUAAGUGCAGCAGCUUCCAUUUUUGAGCCCAUUUCUUCAGCACUGUUUUAUAGUUUUAUGUUCUCCUCUUACUCAGUUUACUGUUGCCCUAUUCAACCACCUGUGUGCCCGCAUAUGAAGCCACACUUCCUAAAACUGCAGUCAUUUGCAGUUGAAAUAAUUAACAUACAGCUAAUGAUCAUUGAAUGUUAUUCCAUCACCCAUCUUCAUAAUAAGUGCAUUUCAUCAGAUAUGAUUUUUAUUUUAUUUAUAAAACAUUUAUUUCAUAAUACCACAUUUUAUUUUAUGAUGUCACUGUUCAUGGCGUGACUUGCAUCUUUCAGUCAAUGAAUAAACAAAAUAUAGUUGCUGAUAAUUCAACUAACCUCACUGUUCCAGCUCAAAUGUCAUGUUUGGUCAGUCUGUUGGAGUUUGAUUAAUAUAUCUCUGAGAUUAAUAAAUGCAGUCCAACAGCUGUAUGUGGGUUUAAUCAGGCAACAAGUGGGUGGACUGCAGGUGGACUUCACAGGACUUGGUUUCACAAAUGCUUGACAGUUUCACAAAAAAGAGACAGACUUCUUUUAGGCUGAAAAGGUUAGCACCCCCUCCCCAUCUCCCUCAGACUAACUCAGAGCUGAGAUCUGUGUUUCCAUGGAAACCAUCACGGACACAAACAUAUUGUCAUAAAGCUUUUUCCCGUGCUCUGCCUGUUUGAUUUUUUUUUCCUUGAAUAUUUCUUUCCGUGCAUCUUACCGUGUGUGUGUGGCUUCGUUUUAUUCUGAGUCCUUGCAGCUGUUUUUUAACUGCCAUUUUUAUUUUUUAUUUUUUUUUCCAGAGGGCAAACAUUUUCUGUUGGAAGAGCAGUAAGGGCAGCUGAGUGGUUUUGGCGCAGUCGCCGUUUGGUCCGCCAUGUUUUUUAGUUGAGAAGAAAGUCUGAAUUUACCUAGAAUUCAGAUGCAGACGUGAUAUUUUAACCUCUGCAGCAUCGAUUUUUGAGUUGACCAGUCUCAUUUUGAGUUCUCGGCUACAUUUAAGUGCAUUACUAAAUUGCUCGAAUAUCCCUUUAAAUUCGUGAAUGCUUGAAUUUGAUUCAAUAUUUGCAGUUUAUGUGAAAUGACACUGUUUCAAAACUGUGGUGUGACACUGAGACAACAACAACAAAAAUACUUCACUGCCAAGUAGAGCAACAACCCACUCAGAUGUUUGGAAAUUUGUGGUGUACCAUCUUGUGUCAAUCAGUGGUCUGCUUGCACUUCUAUAAACAGUAUAAUUUCAAUAUACAUGAAUUAGCAUGAAUUGUUAACAGUAAGCAAUUUGCAGUAAGUAAGAAAGGUUGUCUAUGUAAAUCUUUUUCUUAAGUCAUUUUGUUGCACUGUUAUGAAUGUGGCAAAUACAAAGUGCUCAGAAAAAAUUAGAGGCCUGUCUGUAUUAAAACAUGGACAUAUCUUACAUUGCACUGGAGCAAUAAUGUCGCUGCAGAGAUCUGUGGCUUUCACCAUCCAAACAUGUCUGAUUUCAUAAAACAUUUCAUUAAAGGGUUGUCGAUGGGUUCAUAUUAGUCUCACUUUGUGUAAUGCGAUUAUUAUGUUGUCAUCAAAGUCUGUUAAAUGCAUUUCGUUAAAAAAAUACUGUAAAAGGUUAUCCAUUUUUUUAAAAAUGUUGUUUUUAAAAUGUAUAUAUAUAUAUAUAUUCAUCACAUAAAACAUGUUAUGAAAUUAGA